AAGAAACUGACGCGUCAUUGGAGCUUGGAGCGCUGCUGCCAGUGGCGACGGCAAGAUCUGCGUCCAAGCUUCAGAACGGCGUGCAAGCUUGCGUCACACUCUACUAGAUGGUGUCUGCUCAGAUGGAAGAGUGGGGGGCGCACUGUUCAGAACCCAGCUGCUCCCAACUCGACUUCCUACCCUUCAGAUGUACACACUGUCAACAGUCCUUCUGCUCGCAUCACUGGCAUCCUACAGGAUCAGAUGGUCAUGCUUGUCAGGCCUAUACAUCACAAGAUCGUACUGUGCCGCCCUGUCCGCUCUGUUCGACGCCAGUCAGCUCCCCGCAAGGCCAAGAUCCCAACAUCGCAAUGGAACAACAUCUCCAGACUCGAUGUAGAGUUCUCGCUGCUGAUGGUCUGAUGCAAGACGGUCAUCCUAUCAAGCGAGCCAGACCAGCCAACCAGUGUCACGCGCGAGCUUGUAAGACGAAGAUGAUCGUUCCCAUGGUCUGCAAGGGGUGCAAAGCGUCCUUCUGUCCAUCGCAUCGCUUUGAGAAAGACCAUCAAUGUCCAUCACUAGAUACCCAAGCAGUACGGCCAGCACCAGGGCAAAAGACCAUCAGUGCAGCUGGUCUUGCUGCUCUGGCGCGCUUCAAAGCCAAUGCGCCCGCUAGCUCGAGCAAGCCUGCGCCGGCAGCGAAUGCCAAGCCUACUGCAUCAUCUCUUCCAGAAGUUCCUGCCCAAGUUCCUGCGUCUUCACUCGAGACAACGGCAAGCAAGACUGCCCAAAGAAAGAGUGCGGCGGCAACAGUGAAGCAAGUCUGUCCGCCUGCUUGGACUAACAAAGCAACCCGACGGGCGGAUAGCGAAAGAGAAAGCGCCAUGAAAGCGCUUGAGCAUCGUGCGGCCAAAGGAUUGCUUACUGAGCAAGAAAAGGUAGCUUUUGCAGAGUACAAGGCCGGUUUGAGCGAAAGUGAGAGGCUCAAAUUGGCCGGAACAAGCAAAGAGCACUGCAUCGUACUCUGAUCACAUCUAGACUAGCACAUCAUGUCGUUGUAUCGUUCUUGGAUCUUUUCUGUCAUGCAGCGCUAUUUGUCUGUACUUACAUGUGAUUCAUUCGAGGUCACAGCUAUUUGACAGAUUCGCGAUGCCGUAAGGCCCAAUGAAGAUGCAUAGUGAAUCUGAC